AUGCAAAAAGAUUAUGAAAGCGGCGUAAGAAGAAAUCGAACCAAAAGGGCAAGGAGUUCUUUAAUCAGCUGGUCAAAUGGAGAACUGAUGUUGAAACAGGUUUACGAAGGAUCAAGGUUGAAAGUUUGGGCAAUUAUGCUUGUAAACACUGUUGAAAGACAAAGUGACAGAGGGGCAUGCAGAAUGCAGAUCACACACCAUUCCAUGAAGCAUGCAUGA